AUGGUCGCAGACGACUCCCCUGCGAAGCUGUUCGGCGUGUCGCGGCCGCUACUCACCUUCCUCGCCUGCCUCCUCUCCUCCAUCCCCGCCGCUGCCCUCGUUCCGCUCCUCCCCUCCCCCUCCACCCGCCACGUGUACAAUGUCGUCGUCGGCGCUGCCACGUGUUGGUUCGCGUAUGGCGGACUGAGAGGUGCGCGUGGUCGGGGGAGAGGGGGAGGGGGAAGAGGGGAGGAGGGGGAGAGUGAAGUAGGGGGGGUGGCGGAGGGGAAGGGGAGGGAAGGAGGGAGGAAGGCGGGAAAUAGGGAAGAGAAUGGGUGGCUUGGGGGGAAGUGGAGGGCUGGGUGUGGGGUUGGAGGUGCGAAGGGGAGAGGGGAGAGUGGCCAAGUGCUGGUUGCAGCAAGGGGAAUGUGUUGGAAGGCGGGUGGCUCUCUCACGAAUGCAGCCAUCUGGGGGGUCACCCGCGCCUGCUACGCGCUCAUGCUCGCCCUGCCUCCACGCUCACCUCACUUCCCAUAUCUCCCUCUCCUCCCAACCCCCUCAUCCCCCGUCCCCCCAUCGCCAUGCGAGCAGCGAGUGCGGCCAUAUGGGGCGUCACCCUCGCCUGCUAUGCCGCCAUCGCCGCCCUGCCUCGCCGCCUCUCCGGCUACAUCGUCUUCCUCGCCGCCUUCGCCUUCCUCAUCUUCUGGUCUGCCCCCUCCCAUCCACUCCAUGCGCCCCUCCCAUGCGCCCCUCCCAUGCGCCCCUCCCAUGCGCCCCUCCCAUGCGCCCCUCCCAUGCGCCCCUCCCAUGCUCCCCUCCCAUGCGCCCCAGCUGCGCCCCUUUUGUGUUUCUCUCAUGGUUUCACUCCGCUGCUGUGCCUCACGCCCUGCUCUCCCCUCAUUUCCUGCUGCAUUUGUGUUUCUCUCAUCCAUCUCAACUCCUUCCCUCCUUUUCCUGCUCCAUAUGCUCUCCCCAAUGCUUCACCGCCUCAUGCUUUUAUACUUCCAUCCCUCGUCCCCCAUACCCCCCAUGCCCCCAUGUCUUCACACCCCUCCUCCCACCAGCCAUGCCACGAGCCUAGAUGCGAGUGCGUGGAGGAGGGGAGACAUCGACUUCACGGGCACGCUCAUGAUCGUCACUCUCAAGCUCGUGGGGGCCGCCAUGGACUGCCAGGACGGCAGCAACGGGAAGGACGGCAGGGGGCAGCAGGACGGCAGGGGGCAGCAGGACGGCAGGGGGCAGCAGGACGGCAGGGGGCAGCAGGACGGCAGGGGGCAGCAGGACGGCAGGGGGCAGCAGGACGGCAAGGAGAAACAGGACGGCAGCCCACCAGUAUGUGCCUUCUGA